AUGAACUUCAAUCAAAAAAAAUUACCACAUCAACUAAAUAUUCGUGCUCGACGUGAACAAAAAGUAAUACGAAGUAUAAGAAAAAUUUUACGUCAUCGACCUGAUAUUACUGUUCGUCGAACUGACAAGAGCAAAGUAUUUUAUGCAGGUAAUGUGACUAUUUUCAGUGACAAAGCUUCGAGAUAUAUGAUCGAAACCGAUGCUUAUCAAGAGAUUUCCAAUGAACGUUGUAUUUUAUCGGAAAAUCUCCGAUUAGUUACUAUGCUUCUAGCUUCUCUCUUGAAAAAUCGUGCCAUUAAUCAUGAGCAACAUAAGAAAAUGUCUCCAAAAAUAGAUUCAUUAGAAUUGGCUCAUCUUCAUUUUAUUCCGAAACCACAUAAACCAGAUACACCAUUACGACCAAUUGUAGCAGCUAUUCAUGCACCAGCAACAGAAAUAUCCAAAUUUCUUAAUGAUUUAUUAGCACCUAUAUUUCUACGUGUUGCUCGGCAAACUACAUUUAUUAAUGGUAUCGAUCUGGUCCGAAC